AUGGCACUGCAGGUGAGUCCGGUGGCUUCUCUCUCGGAAGCUUCUUCGGCAAGCUCCCUGCAGACGAGUGGGGUUCCGUACCAAGAAAAGAGGGAGUUCUGCACGUGGCGCAAGCACGUACGUGAUUUGUAUCAGCACCUCGUUCACAUUGAUCUUGUGUGGGAAAGUCCUUCUGCUCGACUGAUGCCGUACAUGACCGCGAAAAUGGACUUGGCCACGCAGACCGUGUUGUGUUGCUCCCGAACGGGUGGCUUAGAGCAGCCGUACAUUCAGCUGUUGUCUGUCACCACACCAAACACGGCUGAACUGCUUGAUCGCACGUAUGAGACUUAUAAUGACGCAACGGGCGAGGUUGGAGGCUACGGGAUGGCCCCCGGCCAAGUGGGCAUACAAGUUGAGCGGCGCAUGUUACACGAUGGUGAUCCAUUGGUGGCACGAUACAUGCACGCCAACCCGCUCAUCAUUGCGUCCGGUUCUAGUGACGGCAAUGCGUACAUCUUUGACUGGUCGCGUAUUUCGCUAAACAAGUUUCCCAAUGACCCGCCCCGACCCCGCGCCCCGCUACCACCCAAUGAACUUAGUGCAAAUCCCACCGACGAGGAACGCACAACGUACCACAAGCGAAUGCGGACUUUGAAUGCGGUGGUGGCGGAACAGGAUAGGUGGGACAAGCGGAGAGGGGAAGGCCAACAUCUACUUAAACUUUUGGGUGGAAAUGGUCCAUGUGAGACGCUUGACUGGAGCGUUACCUCCGAUGGGACACUACUGUCAGGUUCCACCGGACUCGUGUGCUACUGGCACGUGGCAAACAUGUCGAAGGAUGAUGCUCGCACGCUCGCGCCGUCGCAUACGUAUAGUCUAGAGGAUAGUGAGACUCGGGUUAGUGAGGUUGCCUUUUCUUGGAAGGAGCCCCACGUAUUCGCGGUGUCAUGUGACUCUGGUCCCGUUUUUUAUGGUGAUGUGAGGACACCGGAUCUACUGGAGCUGUUUUCACUGCCAUGUGGAGUUACAUCGCUUUCUGUGUCGCCACUCGAUGGUACUUCCUUGUUGCUUGGUGCAGAGAAUGGUGAGGUCCUUUACUACGACCUUCGCAAAAGCGCCGAUGCGGUGACCAUUGGCCGCAUGCAUGAUGGGCCCGUGUCUGUGGUUCAGUGGUGCCCGCACUCGCGCCAUCUCUUCAGCAGCGGCGGCGGUGAUGGGAAGUGCUGCAUUUAUAACGCGACGUCGAAUCGGUUGCUGUUCAAACACGCGGGCCACACCGAAAACGUGACAGAUCUCUCAUGGAAUUGGCAGGAAGGAUUUGAGGGGCACUUGCUUUCUGUGGACAGCAACAGCUUAAUGCUUUGGAGGCCUCGGGACAUGUUUUUUGUCUCGUGA